UAUUUGAGCUACGAGUACAGAAUAAAAUCAUGUUAAGAGUUUAAUAAUAAGAUUCUAGUAAUUUCUUCAAAAAAAUAACAAAAAUUAGUUUUGAAUUAUGUUUUCUUUGCCGGAGAUUAUCAAGAAUGGCAUCAUUACAUGGCAGCUAACUGCUCUUAGAUUGGUUAAUUGCUUUAAUUCCUGGUAUCAACAAGUCUCCAAUUUGAUGUAGGAUAAUAGGAGGACUAAACUGAAACAAAAUUCUUUUAUUUGUACUAAAAUGUAAUUAGCACACACUUCUUGCUUGCACACCCACUAAUUCUUCCUCUCAUACACUCACAUUUUGUCUCAUGUACUUUGUUUUCAUGCAUAUGUAUAAAAAUAGAGGGGUCUUCCCAUAUAUAUGGCCAUACUAUGGCGGUGGGAGAUUUUCUGGUUGUUUCUUAAUUUCAUAAUACUAGAUUCUACAGGUGGUUAAUACUAGAUAGUUCUAGAAAUCCAAAGAGGAGUUGUUGACUUUUAAUAGUUGAUUGGGUCUAUCUACUGGUAAGGAUUACUUUUGAAGAGACAUUGGCCUGCUUUGAAAAAUCUAUCAUUGCUUGUGUCUUAGUUUUCUUUCAGUCCACUUUUUUUUAAUAAAGAAUACCCUGACUUUAAUAUAGUUGACCUAGCAGAUAUAUAUGUAUUCUGCUAUCUUCAUCAUUUCUUGACAUCAUAUUGAUCUUGUUGUUUAUAUUGUACAUAAUGCCAUUUAAGUUAUGGCAGCAUUUAUGAAUCAGAUGUGUUUCGGUAUGCAAGUUGCAUUCUUGUGGUUCUUUUUAUUCAAUUUGUUCUUCUCAUUAGCUUAUUGUUCUGUUAUCUACAACGUUACUUCAUCAAGAGCAGUAACUCCAGCACAAACUCUUAGCUCUCCCAACCACAUUUUCGAGUUGGGUUUUUUUACUCCCAACAAUUCCCAUAAUCAUUAUGUGGGAAUUUGGUAUAAGGAAGCUACUCCCCAGACUGUUAUUUGGGUGGCUAAUAGAGAGAAGCCUGUUACAAGUUCCUCAAAAAGUUUAAUUAUAGGUAGAAAUGGGAAUUUGAUGCUUUUAGAUGGGCAGCAGAAUAUUGUCUGGUCUACCGACAUAUCUGGUUCGUCAAAUGGUUCAAUUGCUGUGCUCUCAGAUGAUGGGAAGUUGAUUUUGAGGGAUGGUUUUACUGGUUUAACUCUAUGGGAUAACUUCAAGAAUCCAACAAAUGUACUCUUGCCAGGCACACGGUUGGCCUUCAAUAACACAAGUGGUGAGAGACUUUUUCUUAAUUCUUGGAAAACUGAAAAUGAUCCUUCUCCUGGGGAUUUCACUGCUUCUAUAUCAUUGGAGACGCCGUCACAAGCUUUUGUCUUGAAAGGGUCUAAACUUCAUUGGAGGAGUGGUCCAUGGGAUAAGGCUAAGUUUAUUGGGAUACCAGAAAUAAAUGCUGAUUAUCAAAUCAUUGAUGGUCCUCAGCCAGGAACUGCUUUUUUUGAUUUUGGUGUACUCAGAAACUGUAGUUACUCCAUGACUAUACUUUCAUCAAUAGGAAUAUUAAGGUUUUUGUGUUGGGAUCCAGUCAGGCGCUGGUAUGCUAGAUGGGAGACACCUAUUGCUCCAUGUGAAAUCUAUGGAGCUUGUGGACCUUUUGGGGUUUGUCAAAGGUAUGACCCAAAUCUAACUUGUAGAUGCUUGAAAGGGUUUGUGCCAAAGUCCGAUGAAGAAUGGGGAAGAGAAAACUGGACAGGAGGGUGCGUAAGGCGAACAGAAUUAAGUUGUGGAAGAAACACAAGUGCCACUAAUACUACAACUGAAGGAGGAAAACCAGAUGGUUUCUUGAAGUUUAGUGGCUUAAAAGUUCCAGAUUCUGCCGAGUUCUUGAACGUUUUAGAUAUAAAUGAAUGCCAUCAGCAGUGCUUCAAUAACUGUUCCUGUUCAGGUUAUGCAUUUGUAAGUGGAAUAGGAUGUUUGGUUUGGACAGGAAAUCUUGUGGAUAUGCACGAGUUACCCUUCGACGGACAAGAUCUUUUUCUUCGUGUUGCUAAUGCAGAACUGAAAGGUGAUGAUAAGAAGGUAAAAGAAAAACUCAUAAUCAGCCUAGUCACUGUUGCUUUAUUCAUUUCUAUGAUCUAUGGUCUUGUGAAGUGGAGAGCCAACCAAACAAUUAAGAAAAAUGCUGCAGCUUCCACUUCAAGAGCAUUUAUGCGGAGAAUCGUUUUAGAAGAUCAAAAUAAAGAUCCAGUAGAAUUGCCUUUGUUUGACUUCAAUAGCAUUUUAGUUGCCACCAGCAACUUCGACGAAGAAAACAAACUUGGGCAAGGAGGAUAUGGUCCAGUUUAUAAGGGAAAGCUGCAAGAUGGGAAGGACGUGGCGAUUAAAAGACUUUCAGCUAACUCUGGUCAAGGAACGGAAGAGUUCAAGAAUGAAGUGAUGUUGAUAUCCAAACUCCAACAUAGAAAUCUUGUCAGACUCAUAGGUUGCUGCGUCGAAAGACAAGAGAGGAUACUAAUUUACGAGUUCAUGUCCAACAAAAGCUUGGACACCUAUCUCUUUGAUCCUGCAAAAAAGGCAGAGCUUGAUUGGAACAAACGGUUCAAUAUUAUAAUUGGAGUUGCUAGAGGGCUUCUUUAUCUCCACCGCGAUUCUUGUUUAAGGGUCAUACAUAGAGAUUUGAAGGUCAGCAACAUUCUUUUGGAUGAGAAGAUGAACCCUAAAAUAUCGGAUUUUGGAUUGGCACGAAUGUUUGAAGGCACACAAGUUCUUGGAAACACUCACAGGGUUGUCGGAACAUUGGGAUAUAUGGCUCCAGAAUACGUGUUAGGCGGCAUAUAUUCAGAGAAAUCCGACGUAUUUGGAUUUGGAGUCUUGAUUUUAGAAAUAGUGUGCGGCAGAAAGGUCAACAGCUUCCAGUUUGAUGAACAACAACACAUGAGCCUUCUAGCCCAUGCAUGGCAAUCAUGGAACGAAAGCAAGGGCUUAGACAUGAUAGAUGAAGCAGUGGCAGAUUCGUAUUCGACAGCGGAAGUAAGUAGAUGUGUAAAUGUUGGUCUAGUUUGUGUGCAGGAUCAUGCAGCAGAUAGAUUAAACAUGGCGGCUGUAGUUACUAUGUUAAGUGGUGAAAAAACAAACCUUCCUCAACCGAAACAACCUACAUUUACGUUUCAGAAUGUGUCGACGAGCAGCAAUUUACAGUCACAAAGUAACUCUACAUGGUCUGUCAAUAAUGUCACUGCAUCAAUUGUUGAACCGCGAUAACCGGGUUUUUGGCAUCUGAAAUAGGUAGUUUUUUUUAGAAGGAAUGUAAAAUGUAAAAUGUAUAUCCCUUAUGUGUGUUUUUUUAAUGUAUAUCCAUUUUUUUAAUGAAUUAAAUGUAUAUCUAUUAUGUGUUUGAAUAUUGCACUUCUGUAAUUUGUACAUCACCACAGAUUUUAAGUGGAAUUUUGAUUACUUA